AUUGAUAAACUGCGAGUUGAUUAGAUAAAAUCAUGGCUGCGUGUCAUCCAACACCUGCCGUUCAGCGGCUGCAGUUGCAGGAUUCGACUCGGAUCGGUUACGGAGCAACGAUUAAUGGCAUAGGCGCGCACGGAAGUCAGAAGGCGCUUCAACAAUCGACUACCUAUCCGCCGCAUCUGCUUAACUGGGUCUACUUGGCCAUCGCCGAGCAAAAUCCGUCGCAACCAUCCGAUCAGAGCAAACUACUGCCCACAGUCUGGAACAAUUUUCCUGGCGCUACGUCGCACACUUAUCUGCAUCAGGGCGCGUUGAAUCCGUCCGGAGUCAUCAGACCCAUGAGAAAUAGCAUGGAGAGCAUCACGGAUUUAGCGGAGCACUUUACCGACUUGGCUUUAAAUGAUAGAAAACCGAUGAAGAGACCACCGUCAACGUACCUAUGUCACUUGUGCUUCAACAAGGGACAUUACAUCAAGGACUGCCCGCAGGCGCGACCAAAGGGCGAGGGCCUGACACCGUAUCAAGGCAAGAAACGCUGCUUCGGCGAGUACAAGUGUUCCAAGUGCAAACGCAAGUGGAUGUCGGGCAACAGCUGGGCUAAUAUGGGUCAGGAGUGCAUCAAAUGUCACAUAAACGUCUAUCCUCACAAGCAGGUGAGUCAGAGGCCGUUGGAAAAACCCGAUGGUCUGGACGUAUCCGAUCAAAGCAAGGUCCAUCCUCAACAUCUCUGCGAGAAGUGUAAAACGCUGGGCUAUUAUUGCAGACGCAGCGCAAUAGUGACUUAACGAUACUCGCUGGCUUAUUCCGUCCGACUUGCACCCUGAAGAGAAGAGAGAAAACGGUUUCUCUUGCGAUGAACCAGGAAAAAGACAAUCCACGUACGUCGGGCAUGCCCGAGCGUACAGUUUGAACAUGGAUCAAAAAUCAUGUAUAGCGCUAAAGAGGAAAACAAUUCUGUAUAUUUUUAUGUACACACUUAUAUAUAUAAAUAAUAUAUGACUAAAGAUUUUUUACGCCGCACGCGAUCCUGGAUCACGAUCGAUGUGUGGAAAAGCGUGGAGUAUUCGAGUCACACGCGUUCUAUUUACGGGCGAUUAGUGAACGCUGUCGCGUUCAUGAAAUAAGGAAACGAGGACAUCAUUCUCAGGGAUAUGUAAUAAAGUGUUUCGCCUCUAAAUGAACCGAUAAUUAUAAUCUUAAACGGGCGAGUGACCAAAAAGGCGAGUGGCGUCUCUACUCGAGGAAGAAGGCCGACUAGAAUUAUUAUUUAGCGAAACAAAAUAUUUUUGUUCGCAUGUUUAUAUGGAUAUUUUAAUUUUAUAUGCAAAUCAGUGCGCUCGGCGAGAGCGCAUUAAAUGCGACGUCGAUACGAUCUUGUUCGCCGGAUAUUCCGGAUUUUCGGAUUCCAGGGACGUAUGAACAUGAUGCAUGUAUAAAUCUCUUAUUAUUCAAUAUAUUAUUUGCAUAUGUACAGAU